AUGCUUCCCACAAGGUGCGAUUCCGAUACUACCACGUCCAAUUGGCGCGUCCAAGACAGCCCGCCGCUUUUCCCCGAGCACCACACCGUUCCAGUACUGAGGGCAGCCCAGGGCGGCAAGGCCAACAUUACCGGCUUCAGCAUGCGCGCCUUCAAGGAGGCCGCCGGCAGUGCCCGCUACGACCCUUGGGAGAGAGCCGAUGCUUGGAGAACCCAGGGCCCUUUUACCCGCUGGAACCGCUUCCGCAAUACCCUCCCGGGUCUCGGCACGGCGACGGUGCUGUUCGCUGGCUACUGCACAUACGAGCACUUUUUCAUGCACGACGAGCACCACCACGGCGAGGAGGCGGCGCACCAUUAA